GGUGAUUUAAUGGGCUUGGACAAAUAAAUCGUCAGAGGGUGAGGUGGUUUUGGAUGCCGACAGUUCCCGGGGGCUGGGCAGCCGGAUAGCUGGGCACAUACUUUCAUGAAAACAGACCGAAGCAGAAGGAAAGAAAAAAAAAGGAGGGGAAAGGAAACGGAGUGUGGCACGAACCGCGGAUGCUGUCAGGAGGAAAUGGUUUGCAGCUCGGGCUGUGUCGUUCCUCCCUCUGUCCCGUAGCUAACAUCUCAUCUAUUGUUAUUCACACGGACUAUAGCCUUUGUUAAACCUGGAACAACGGACUCACAUCGCGCCUGUUUUGGACGUAUCUCCUUCCCCCGGUAUGCACCGAGAAGACAGCUGAACGCGGUUUGACGAUGGCUCCUGUGCAGAUGGUCGGUAAAGUUCCGGCGAGACUUUGGCGAAGUCUUCAGCCUCUCCGCUGCAGCCCCAGACCCACCGGUGCACUUACGUUUUUUCACCAGGUUCAACACAGGCAUCCUGCACUUGGAAACUGCCAAGCUCUUUUCUGCAGCACACUUGCUCCCUCCAGUGACGUGUCUUUGAAAUACAAAUAUGGCCGCUUGGUCCUGGAGGUCCCGUUGCCGUCGAGGAACGAGAAGUGUCUGUUCUUCCUCAGGCCCAUGCUGAUGAGCGUAGGAGACCUGAUUGCCGACCUGCAGAGGGAGGACCCGGGAGCGAAGGCUUCUGUUCUCUCUGAAGAUGGAGAACGUGUCGCCAACACCACACUGAUAGACGCUCUGGUGGAUAAGGACUUCCAGCUCGUCAUCAAUGAUGCAGUCCACAAAGUCUGCGCUCCUGAAAAGGUGUGUACGUCCAGCGAGCACGCCUUGGAGAUGGAGGACAUGAAACACGUCGUUCACCUGCUGCACACAGCGCUCCACAUGCCCGAACACCACCUGCUGAAGGAGAGGCAGCUGCUGGAGAAACUGGACAACAUCAAGCAGGAGCUUUCGCCCCUGGAGAAGAUGAAGGCUCAGCUGGCCCGUACGGCGGAGUUCCACACCUCCAGGGCCGUCUGGACCGGCAUGGCCCUGUUGUCUGUGCAGGGCGGCGCUCUGGCCUGGCUCACGUGGUGGGUCUACUCCUGGGACGUCAUGGAGCCCGUCACGUACUUCAUCACCUACGGCACCAGCAUGGGAGUGUUCGCCUACUACGUCCUCACCAAGCAGGAUUAUAUAUACCCUGAUGCUAAAGACAGACAGUUCCUGCGUUACUUUUAUAAGGGGGCCAGCAAGAAGAGGUUCAACGUGACAAAAUACAACAGACUGAAGGAUGAACUGGCAGAGGUGGAGGAGGACCUGAGACGCCUGAGAUACCCGACUCAACUUCACAUGCCACUCGAACAGAUCCAGCCGAAGCCAUAAAUGAAGCCAAGCCGUGACGAAUGGUCACUCACACUCACACGGAGCAAAAACAAGUUUUCUGCUUUAAUUUUGAUAACGGUCACCUUUGUAUCAGGAAUCCAUGUCAUUCUGUGUUGUGUUUACAGACUUGAUAACGAUGCCAAUUGUAACCCUGAGAAAUAUACUAAAUAUACUCUGAUGACUAUUGAAAUAAAAGGCGUUCAUUGGACUGAG